AUGCGGUGGCACAAGGAUCAGCGUGUCAUUCAGCAAGAUAUUCUAAGUCAUCCUGCUGACUCUGAGGUGUGGACGACAUUUGAUCAAGAGCAUACUUGGUUCCCAGAAGAUCCAAGAAAUGUCAGGCUUGGUUUAGCUAGCGAUGGUUUCAACCCAUUUAAUAAUUUGGCUAAACCUUAUAGCGUAUGGCCAGCGAUUCUUGUCCCUUACAACUUACCUCCGUGGUUGUGCAUGAAGGAUCCAUUUUUUAUCACUUCACUCUUGAUUCCUGGACCAAGAUCACCAGGAAAUGAAAUCGAUGUUUAUCUUCAGCCUUUGAUAGAUGAAUUGAUUGAUCUAUGGGAUAAUGGUGUUGAUACAUACGAUGUAAAGGCCAAAGAGACUUUCAGAUUGCAUGCAGCAUUGCUAUGGACAAUCAACGACUUUCCUGCUUAUGGAAACCUCUUCGGGUGGAGUACUAAGGGGAAGAUGGCAUGUCCAUCGUGCAAGGAAGAAACAGAUUCGAUGUGGUUGCCAUAUAGCCGAAAGCAUUGUUACAUGGGUCAUCGCCGAUUCUUGCCACCGGGCCACAUCUGGAGAAAGAAAAAGACUAUUUUUAAUGGGUGUGCAGAGCAUCGUGAUCCACCUACAAUGUAUUCAGGAGAAGAUGUACUCAUUCAACUCCAAAAUAUUCCUGAUGCAAAUUUUGGCAAAGCUAUAAAGAAAAGAAAGCGUACCACAGAGGAGUUCAAUUGGACCAAGAAAAGUAUCUUCUUUCAAUUGUCAUAUUGGUCGACUAUAAAGAUUAGACAUAAUCUAGAUGUAAUGCACAUUGAGAAGAACAUAUGUGACAACAUCUUAGGAACUUUGAUGAAUAUCUCUGGCAAAACUAAAGAUCAUCCUAAUGCACGUCGUGACCUUUCCACUCUCAAUAUAAGGGAGGAGUUACACCUUAUUCAGGAUGGACAACGCAUUCGUAUGCCACAAGCAUGUUAUACGUUGUAUGGAUCUGAGCGGACUGGUUUAUGUAAUUGGUUGCACGGUGUGAAAUUCCCGGAUGGCUUCGCUUCAAACAUUGCCAGAUGUGUUAGUGUAAGUGACUGCAAAAUCUCGGGGAUGAAAAGUCAUGAUUGCCAUAUUUUCAUGCAAAGAUUACUUCCUGUUGCAAUUUCUGGAUACUUACGCCAAGAUGUAUGGUUGGCACUAACUGAGCAAAGCACUUUCUUCAAAGAAUUGUGUGCUAGAACAUGUAAGAAGGAGGUCUUAGCGCGGCUUCAAUCUGAUAUCGUCGUUAUUCUUUGCAAGCUUGAGAUGAUUUUUCCGCCUACCUUUUUCGACAUAAUGGUGCACUUAGCCUAUCACUUGCCACGUGAGGCCCUGCUUGCAGGGCCAGUUCAAUAUAGGUGGAUGUAUCCUUUCGAGAGAUAUCUCGAAAAAUUCAAGAGAUAUGUUAAGAAUAAGGCCUACCCGGAAGGUUCAAUAGCUGAGGCCUAUAUCCAUGUUGAAUGCUUGAAUUUUUGUUCCAUGUACCUCCAUGAUGUUGAAACUAGAUUCAAUCCUCCUGAAUGUAACGUCGAUGAAGGAGAAGAGGGUGUACGAGAGGGACUAUUUGUUUUUUCACAGAAGGUGCGACCCAUGGGUUUUGCAUCACGUCACCAAUUAGACGAUGAUGCUUUUAUAAAAGCCAGAUGGUAUGUUCUUAAUAACUGCACAGAGAUUGGAGAAUACAUAAAUGAGCACUACAUGCAAGUGAGUGAAGAGUAUCCCAAUAAUGCCGAUAGUAUGCAUGCUGCAAAAUUUCCAGACUGGUUCAAGUCACAAAUUCAAGCUAGGCGUGCUGAUAAUCCCUCAGAAGUUUCGGAUGAUCUAUAUGCCUUAGCAUGUGGUCCUGACCCUUGGGGUGCGUCCUAUUCUAGUUGCAUAACCAACGGUAUAAGAUUUCACACAAAAAAACGGGAAGAACAUCGUCGCACCCAAAACUCCGGUGUCAUGGUCAUUAGUGAACAACCAGGAUCUGAAAAACUUGAGUUCUUUGGUAGACUAAUAGACAUUUUGGAAUUACGCUACAUGGGGUGGCGUCGUGUUUACUUAUUCAAAUGUGAAUGGUUUGACAUCUCUGAUUCCAAACGAGGGAUACGUAUGAAACCACAUCUUACUAGUGUGAAUAUGUUGCGGACAGCUUAUAAGGACGAUCCAUUUGUUUUGGCAUCCCAAGCAUCACAGGUAUUUUACCUAAAAAAUCACAGCAUCCGGGGGGAAUGGUCUGUAGUCCAAAAGGUCAUACAUAGAAAUGUCUAUGACCUUCCACGAUCAUCCCUUAUUGAAGAUGAUGAAUCUGAUUCUAGUGACGUUGAUGCAUACCAAGAGGAUAAUUCUGGUGAUGCUUACGUGAGUGUCCAUGCUGAUGACACCCCAUUGCAAACAGACAUGCACAGGCCGGAUGUUGAACCGGAGGAUACUCUAUUGGUUGCCUUCGCCUUCGAUAUGCCAAUCACUGGAAGAGGUAGAGGUCGAUCACGGGGAGUCAGGGGUGGCCGAGGCCGAGGUAGAUCUCAAAGAAACCAUUCAGUUGAGGAUACAAAACCCAUUCCUCCCCUUACUGCCCAAGCUGAUGCAUUCUCAAGCUCAUAUGACUUAACUGAGCCACCUGAUUGCGUCCCGAGCACAGAACCCAAUGACAUGCCAGCAAUUGAUUCACAGAGUGCAAACCCGGAUGGUAUAUCUCUAUUUUUCUGA